UUCUCAAAUCCAUUUGAACCUGUGUCAACUGGUUCAUCCAUUUACAUACCAUGAGGGACAACGCACCGCUUGAAAAGAUGCCUCGGCAAAAGAGCCAGGAUAAGAACCAAAGGUUCCGCGAAUUGGACACGGACUACCAACCAGUGAACUGGAAGCGGUUGUUCCUGGCACCCAAGUACCUCGCAUGCUGGAUCAUCACGAUCAUCGCCAUUGUUUUGACUAUUCUCCUCACCGUUUACCAUGACCAAGUCGUCGAGCACCUUCGACCGUGGUCCGAGAAGGUCCGCGACCUCCCUGCCGGAUGGCUGAUCCCCAUCGCAAUCUUGAUCGUCCUCUCCUUCCCACCGCUCUUCGGUCACGAGAUAAUAGCCCUCCUCUGCGGCGUGGUAUACGGGUUGUGGAUCGGAUUCGGGGUUGUGGCAGCAGGAACCUUUUUCGGCGAGCUUGGCACCUGGUUUGCCUUCACCUACCUCUUCCGCCGCAAAGCCGAGAAACUCGAACGGACAAAUCUCAGCUACGGCGCCCUCGCCCGCCUGACCCGCGACGGCGGUUUCUGGAUCGUCCUCCUCAUCCGCUUCUCCGCCAUCCCCUCCCACUUCUCCACCGCCGUCUUCUCCACCUGCGGCGUCAACUUCUGGUUCUUCGCCAUCGCCACCCUCGUCACCCUGCCCAAGCAGAUCUUCCUCGUCUACCUGGGCGUGCUGCUGGUCGAGGAGCAGUCCGACAACCUGGCCAAGAACAUCGUCUUCGCCGUCGCCUUCGUCGCCACCAUCGCCAUGGCCGUCUACAUCUGGUGGAAGAUGCGCAAGAUCAAGCGCGUGCUGCUGGAGGAGCAGGCUGCGCGGCGCAAGGCGAAGGUGACGGGUGAGGAGGGGGUGGAUGGAGGAGAGGAAGGGCGGCAGUGGUUGAUGGAGGCGCCGGCUAGCCCGCCAGGCCCGUUUGGAGGGAGGGAGUAUGAGGUUGUGGGGCAGGAGGAGGCGGAUAUUGGGGUUGUUGCGCCCGGGAGGGUUGUGGCUGCAGGGGAGCCGUAUGGGCCACAUUACCGUUCUGACUUUGGGUAUCACGGCGCGGCUGGGGGGAGGGAUAUGGGGAAGGAGCCUGUCAGGGAACAGGCGUGGGUAUAGUUGGGAUGGAUAAUAGACAACAAGCCGUAUGUGAUGCAUCUGGCAUGCUACCACGGGGGCAAUGGAAUCGGCUGACUAGACGGCUGGCGCAAGCGUUGAUGAUUAGGGAUCGCGGGAUCUGGCAUUAUCUGUACAACAGGGGCCCAGAACCCCUCCUCAUUCUUUCCUCUCCACGUCCUUAUAAUGCUGCG